CCAGACAUGCAAGAAUUCUAUGGCUUGUUAUAUCAAUGGUAUAAAAGUAUUUGGAAAAUUCCUAAAUCUUCAGAAAAUUUUCCAUUUUGACAGUGGAAAACUAAAGAAUGUUGUAAAAAAAAUAAAAAACUUUCAAUAUUUUGAUUCUGGACAAGAUUUAAUAUACAUUAUACAUUAGUAUAAGAGUUAUAUCCAGCAUAAAUCCGUAUAAAAAGGCUGCAGUUACAAAAAUGGUCUCGUAAAAAUGACUAUCCAAUGCUUCAUUGCAACUUUGAAAACCCAAAUAAAAUUAAUGCACUACGGGUAUAAGCCAUCUUAAAGAAAUCAGCUGAUAGUAACUUAGUUAGUGGAAUUAGAAUAACUGUCUGAGCAUCACACAUGUUUCAGUAAUCAGCUGUUUUAAACUAAACAAAAAUACUAUUGUACGACUAAUAUUGGAACAUACUUUGGUAGUCAGAUGUAUUUUAAAACCACAAAAGGCACAUUUAGAAUGUAAGAGCUUGCAAUUUAUAACAAAUAUGCAUAUAAAAUAUAUGUAUAUAAUUUGUUCAGAUACCUAAAAUCACAGUACAAAAAUCAAGAAUUUUUUCAUAAUAUAGAAGAUAACAAAUUAGUUGGUACAGAAUCUGAAAUGUCAGAAACAAACAUCUUUUGCUGAAGCACAUAAAGUUAUUCAUUUCAUCGUAAUUUACUGCCCUAAUGUUUUAUGGAUAAAUCUGAAUAGUAAUAAAUAAAAUUAAUUUUAAACAGUUGUGAUCAAAAAACAAUAAGGGAAUUAAAAAUGCCAUAUGCUUGACCUAGAAGCAUGCUCAUUACCAUACCACUGGAUGUAGCCAUUGUUUACAAACCCAUUACCACACGUUAGCAGACUCUGAGUAAGAAAAUUAUAUGACAAUGUUGAGUGAAAUAGAUGACUAGUAUUUCUUAUUACACCAUAAUAUAAAGCAGAAUACCGUGGAAGGUAAUAAAGAUUUACAAUGAACUUGUUUCCAAUAGUGUUUGUUCUAUUGUCAAGUAUAUGUUUGUGUGUGAUAUGUACUGGAGAUUUAACUGUACAAACAGAAUAUGGACAUUUACAAGGCAAGUUGAUGAAAUCUCGUGAUGGGAGGAACUUUUCUGCAUAUCUUGGAAUUCCGUAUGCGGCACCACCGAUCGGGAAACUUCGAUUUCAGCCUCCGACAUCAUUACCGAGUUGGGAAGGUGUGAGAGAUGCGAGGAAAGAAGGGAGUCACUGUCCACACAAAGGAUUACCAGAAGAAUCUGAAGACUGUUUAUAUCUCAAUGUCUUUACUCACAGCGUAAACACGAGUUCUCCAGUAAUGGUGUAUAUACACGGAGGUGGUUUUCACAUGGGAUCAUCCGCUUUAAAGCAUUUGGGACCGGAGUACCUCUUAGACAGAGACAUAGUGUUAGUGACUAUACAGUACAGACUCGGAGUGUUCGGGUUCCUGAGUACAGAGGAUGAAGUGGUCCCCGGAAACAUGGGGCUUAAGGAUCAGGUAAAAGCUCUACAAUGGGUCCAAGAAAACAUUGAGAAGUUCGGUGGUGACCCUGACAGAGUAACAUUGUUCGGUAACAGUGCCGGUGGGUCUUCGGUCCAUUUUCACAUGCAAUCUCCACUCAGCCAAAAUUUGUUUGCAAGAGCUAUAUCCCAAAGCGGAACUGCUCUAAGUAGCUUUUCAAUGACUUCAAGAGGGAAGGCUAGAAAAGACACAGAAAAUAUUGCAAAAUGUUUACACUGUCCUAUUAAUAGUUCAACAGAGAUAAUUAGAUGUUUACAGAGCAAAGAUUCCUUUGAAAUUUUAACUGCAUUUAGAACAUUACUCACGUCUAAAUACGGCACAAACAAAUUACUCCGGCCAAUUUUAGAAGUAGAAACUGAGCAUGCCUUUCUGACAUCUAGUCCAUUAACGGCGACAACUAACAAACCUUGGCUUCUCGGAGUGAAUGCAAAUGAAGGUCUGCUCAAAGUUGAAAUGAAAGAUAUAAAUCAGACUAUAGUAUAUAUCAAUUCAGAAUUCAGAGAUUUCUGGCCAAGCUUAACAUUCACAAGCGACUUAUAUUCUAAUCUAGAUGAUAUUACUGAUCCGAUUUAUAGGUUUUACUUUGAAAAUGUCACAACAACAAAUGAUUAUGCCAAAUCCAUUGAAGAGCUGGUAACAGACACGUGGUUUGCCUGGCCAACUGAACACGCUUUACAAAACCAUAACGGAAGUUUUUUACUACUACCUAUACGAUCAUGAGACUGAUGUCACAUACUCCGAGAUAUACAACUGCUCUAAAGCUGCUGGGGUCAGUCACACAGAUGAGUUACUAGUUCUAUUCUCACAAAAAGGUGUCUUUCCUGACCUCAACGAGCAGGACACCAGUAUUUCUGAGUUG